UCUGAGACGCUAAAACCAUAUCAUUCAUCGCUUCUUAUUCCAUAUCCAGAUAUACAAGAAAUUAAGCCAACACACACACUAAAUAUGAUGAUGAGUUCAUCUAAUAUUCUCCCCUUAGUUACAUUCCUUGUAUUAGUAUUCUUCUCAAGUGGUUCUUGGGCAGCUAAUAAUUCACUUAAUGGAGAUUUUCUCCAAUGCAUUAAGAAGAAUGAGUACUCCUCAAUUCCAAUCCCAAUUUUUACACCUGAUAAUUCUUCAUUUACAACUAUCUUUCGGUCUUCGGCUCGGAACCUUAGAUUUCUAACACCCAACUCAACACAAACACCUCAGUUUAUAAUCACACCAACCCAUGAAUCUCAUGUUCAAUCAGCUGUUGUUUGUUCUCAAAAACAUGGGUUUGAUCUUAAAGUACGAAGUGGUGGUCAUGACGUCGAAGGUUUAUCUUACGUAUCUGACACGCCAUACGUCUUGGUCGACUUAAUUAAUUUUCGAAACAUUAUUGUUGAUUUGAAAGAAAAGACUGCAUGGAUUCAAGCUGGUGCUUCACUUGGAGAGGUUUAUUAUCAAGCUGCAAACAAGAGCAACAACACCCUUGGAUUUCCGGCAGGAUUUUGUCCUACUGUAGGUGUUGCUGGACACAUUAGUGGAGGUGGGUUUGGUGCCUUGGUACGAAAAUAUGGCCUUGCGUCAGACCAGGUCAUUGAUGCUCGCAUUGUCACUGUUGACGGCAAAAUUUACACCAAAGAAACCAUGGGGAAAGAUCUGUAUUGGGCUAUUAGAGGAGGUGGUGCUAAUAACUUUGGAGUGCUUCUUUCCUGGAAGGUCAAGUUGGUUCCUGUCACACCCGUCGUGACUGUUGCUACGAUCAGCAGAACAUUAGAACAAGGUGCCACGGACCUAGUUCAUAAGUGGCAAUUUGUUGCCGAUAGACUCCACGAGGACGUAUACAUUGGGCUCACAUUUUCGGUCGCUAACUCUAGCCGAGCAGGAGGAAAAACGGUAUCAGUUCAAUUCGCGUUCUUGUUCUUAGGAGGCAGUGACAGACUUCUUGAACUCAUGGAGGAGAGCUUCCCUGAAUUGGGUUUGAAGCGAAAUGAAACUACUGAAAUGAAAUGGGUUGAAUCUCAUGUAUACUUCUACGCACGAGGUAGACCAAUCGAGCUAUUAUGGGAUAGAGAUCAUGCAACAAAGAGUUUCCUAAAAAUAAAAGCUGAUUACGUGAGGGAACCAAUAUCAAAAUCCGGUUUAGAAGCUAUUUGGAGAAGGUUUGUAGGAGGAGAUUCACCAGCAAUGUUAUGGACUCCUUUUGGUGGUAGAAUGAACGAGAUUUCGGAAUUUGAAACUCCUUACCCACAUAGAGCUGGCAAUAUUUACAACAUUAUGUACGUCGGAAAUUGGAUGAAUGAGACUGAAUCAGAGAAGCAGAUUGAUUGGAUGAGAAGGUUUUAUAACUCCAUGGCUCGUUAUGUUUCCAAGAAUCCAAGAUCAGCAUAUAUCAACUACAAAGAUCUCGACUUAGGAGUUAACCGUAACAACGUUAGCGAGGCGGUGGGGUACGUACAAGCAAGAUCAUGGGGUAGAAAAUACUUCAAAAGUAACUUUGAAAGAUUAGUCAAAGUUAAGAGCAUGGUUGAUCCUGGUAAUUUCUUCAAGAACAAACAAAGUAUUCCUCCUGUUAGUACUUGGGGCAAGCAGUAGAGAUGGCCAUUGACAGACAGAAGUUAACUACGUAUACAUAUACCAGAUUGUUAUUAGAUUAGGAGUAUAUAUAUUUCGAAAUAACUAAUACAGUGCAGUCCAUAUAAGCUGCGUUUGUAUUUUAUUUAUUUUCUUCUCUUAUGUAAUAAGCUUUGAAAGAGUUUAUGUCUUUCAAAUUUUCUUUGUAUUGGUUUGAUACUUUUAUUUUACUUUAUAUAUGAUGAUUACUUAUGUUGAA